UUGUUGGCUCAUAUUAUUUUCCAAGAAGCCGAGUGAAGAUAACCUUGUGUACCUUGUUCAUGGAGGAAAUGUAUGGAUUCCAAUCCGCGGUGGACUACGGGGAUAAGUCGACGGACUACGCCGACAAGGCCCUUAUGAACCCGGGGAAUCUGAUGCUACCAAUGGAUUACCAGAGUCUGCUCUCCUCAGGAGCUUUCCGCGAUCAUCGGGUGCCGAUGAUGUUCGGAUCCGACGUCGGCGACUUGUACUCGGCCAUAUCCUCCGCGCCAGAGUUUCGACGCGCAGAGGAAGACGUGUUUGGUGCAAUCAAAGCCAAAAUUGCUUCCCAUCCAAGCUACCCUAGACUCAUUGAGGCCUAUAUCGAUUGCCAGAAGGUGGGAGCGCCUCCGGAAAUAGCGAGCUUCUUGGAGGAAAUCCGCCGAGAAAACGACCUAUGUAAGCGGGAAAGAGACGCAGCUAUGCCCACGUGUUUAGGAGUCGAUCCCGAGCUCGACGAGUUCAUGGAAACCUACUGCGAUAUGCUGGUCAAGUACAAAUCAGAUCUCUCAAGGCCUUUUGAUGAAGCCACCACCUUCUUGAACAAGAUUGAAACGCAACUCAGCAAUCUCUGCAUUCGAACUCUCUCCGAUGAAGGUGCUGUGUCAUCAGAGGAGGAGUUCAGCGGAGGUGAAUUGGAGGUACAGGAAGCUCAAGCAAGAGGAGAAGAUCGAGAUCUCAAAGACAGACUUUUACGUAAGUUUGGCAGUCACAUUGGCACCUUGAAGCUGGAAUUUUCCAAGAAAAAGAAGAAGGGAAAGCUUCCGAAGGAAGCAAGACAAGCCUUACUUCAUUGGUGGAGCGUUCACUACAAAUGGCCAUACCCGACGGAGGCUGAUAAGAUUGCACUGGCGGAAUCGACGGGGCUCGAUCAGAGGCAAAUUAACAACUGGUUCAUCAAUCAACGCAAGCGACACUGGAGACCAUCCGAAAACAUGCAAUUCGCCGCAAUGGAUAACCUUUCUGGAGCAUUUUUUGCAGAUGAUUGAGGUGCUGUAUUUAUGUAUUCUCAAAUGCCUCUGCCCAUGAAUUAUCAUGAUCAUAAUCUAUAUUGCUACAAGUAGUUUGUCCUACCUUAAUUUAGUGUACGUGAUGAUCUAAAAAUGCAAACUAUUUGGCGACAUUGAUCUCCUUCCUCUACACCAAAAGGGGAGAAGGUCUAAUUAUUGUAAUCUGCUAUUUCACCGAUUAAGGUUCAAGAUAAAGAAACGCUUACUGCGUCAUUCUAGUUUCAA